AUGAGUAUUUACUAUCUUCCUGCAACGUUUUGUGAGCACUUGGAAUGUAUCAUGAAUCAGUAUUGGUGGGGUUCUCAUGGCAGUGGUGGUGGCGGUAUUCGCUGGAUGUCAUGCAGUCGAAUGUGCUGUUCAAAGAUGAAAGGAGGUUUGGGUUAUAAACAUCUCAAUAGAUUCAAUAUUGCGUUAUUAGCCAAGCAAGGUUGGCGCCUUCUAACUAAUCCAUCUUCUUUGGCAGCCCGGUUAUAUAAAGCUCGUUAUUACCCUCAUGCCGAUUUUUUAGAUGCGAAAAUUGGAGCCAACCCCAGCUAUUGUUGGCAUUCCAUUAUGGCAAGCCAAGAUAUUCUUCGAGCUGGUUGUUUUAAGCGGAUUGGUAAUGGUGAGGCGACUCUAGUUUGGAAGCACCCUUGGCUUCCUGACUCAGAAGACCCUUACGUUCAUACCGCUUGUUCUGAUCAGAAUGUGAAUAUGAGGGUAUCUGCAUUGAUCAAUCAGAAUACAAAGGAUUGGGGACUUGGACAUUCUCCAUAA